AUGUUCAGACGCCGCGGGGCCCUAAGCUCUGGAAAGGGAGCCACCCUCCCUGGCCUGAGGGUCCCGGGCUGGGAGAGGGGCUGGAGUCAGGACAACCCGGAGCGGGUCACGCCAAGAAAAGCCUGCGAGGGGGUCCGGGGAUGGGCGGAGAAUCAGCGGGGCGCAGGCAGCUACCUGAGCGCCGGCGCCGCGGGAAAGGGGCGGGUUCACGCGGUGGUCUCUGGAGGUUUGAGGGAGGAAGGGGCCCCGUACGCACCUCCCCGGAGCGCCCCGCCGCCGCCUCCUGCUCGGCCCCCGCGUGGCGCCGUCCCCGGCUGCGGCCCUCGGAGCGACCCUGAAUGGUUUAAAGGGCCCGGAGGCCCCACCCCCAGCGCCCCGGGCCGAGCCGCGCCGCCCGCCGGGACUUGGAGUCCGCACCGCCCCCGCCCCGGCGCCGCAAACCGAGCCGGGAACUACAGUUCCCGAGUCCCCGCGCCCGCGUCAUGCUGGAACGGUGGGCGGUGCCCCGACUUGGGGGGGAACCUGGGCUCUGUGGGCGGCGGCGUGGGACCCCAGCCGAGGAGGAUCUGUUGCGGAGAUACCAAGAAGAUAACCCCGUCUUCCCUUCUCCUGUGGUGGAAGCUUCGGGAGGCGGGAAGCUCCGGGGUCUGCGCCUCCUUCCAGCUGCACCUGUGA